GUUCCAAUCACGCGGCCGCCGACUUUGCAGCCUCAGAUGAUGCCUGCACGGAAUUUGAUCCAUCGCCAUUAGUCGCUCGGUAAACGGAGAGAAUACGCAGUCCCUAGAUCUCGGCCGAUCUGGUUGCGUGGCUUGGCGGGGAUGGGUCAAGUACAAUCGGGCACUGGUGGAUACCAUCCAUCCGCUGUCGGGUUCGACAGCAGCAAUGAGUCUCCACUCGAACGGUCGCGCUCGCAGCGAGGUCCAGACCUGAAACGUUACUCUGCACUCAGGCCGGAUCGGCUUUUCCAGCACGGACGCACGCCAAGUGGGCACCUACGGGCUGGCAGCACGAGCACAUCCGCGUUGUUGCAGCAGCAUCAAGCUUCUCAUUCGCACGUCACCCACGCUCUCGCCCCUCCACGUGCCUCUGCUGAAGCUGAACCGCACAGCGCGACAGUGCAGCGGCGCAGUCUGGUAGGUCCUAUUAGAGCGAGGCCACAAGGCCCGCAGCUUUCAGGUUCUUCCAACUACACCUACACAUCUCAGGACUCCGACGCACACGAGAUGGGCAUUGCUGCUGAUCCUCCUCAACGCACCCAAGAGUCCACAUCAGCCGACGCGGGCAUCGACGCGGAUGCAGAUGCACCACUGCUGAGCAGUCCCUCUCUCGAACAGGACUACUGGAUGCAUCCAUCUCGCGCCAGGGCAGUCAGUUUAGGCACCAGCACGGAGGAGGCGGCAUCAACAGCUGCUGCUGCUGCCGCAGUCAGGGCAUCCCGCAACAGCACCCAGUAUCGAGUCGCAUCCACUCCAGCGCAGCCGCGUAUCGUCGAGGUCGACGAGCCUCAGGAUCUUGUCACGGAAUUUGGCAACCCUCUGAGAGCACUGGCUGACAGAGGCUCUGACGCCUCAGACCGCGGACACGAGCCGUUCCCAUUGCCCGAGCCUCUAGCUCGAGCCUUGCGGAUAGGUCUAGGCAAAGGCGCAGUUUCUCCAGAGCUCGCUCGUCAGCUUCGAUCUGAGUACGAGCGGCAGAGUGCGACACUUUCGCCUCUCGAUCUCACGGGCCCCGCAGUAGGCGAGACGCGUCGCACAACAGGAGAAACGGAUAGGGAGCGUCUGUUGGCCUAUUGGAGGAUGAUCGAGGCACAGGGCACUACCAGUGUGGAGGCUAGUCGGCGGAGCUCCUUGCUCUCCUACCGCAGCCGGCCUCACAGUUGGGCAAGUGAGCGUCCCGCUUCGAGGAGCUCAACAGUGCCAGCACCAAUGUCGAGGUCGCCUUCAGCGCACGCCCAACCUGCGCAGGCACACGCUGCAGCCGACGCGCAAACCUCUACCUCCUCUGUAUGGCCGUCGGUGAGAAUGCCUGGCCCCUCAGACCAGAGUACCCCUGGACCUAUUGACCCACAAUUGUGGACCUCCGAAUGGCCCGAUGAUCGCGGCGAGCCCUCGCGGUCGACUUCGCCGGCGAAUGUGCCCCUGACGGACGAGGAGUUCCGCACUCCAGCGGGCACCCUGCAGCGAUUUUCCUGGAGCGACGAGGAGGACGCUUCGCCGACCGCAGACGCCCAGACCGAGUCCAUCAACAUCUCCGAUCACGUCGACGGUGUCACAGGAAAGAGUGCGAUGUCAAAUAUGCAACAAGCGGGGAACCAAACAGGAAGAUCCGGGUCUGCUACACCCCGCCCUGGAAAACAAACACCCGCAGCCAUUCCGCUCGGAAUCUCUUCGAAGCUGGACAGCGUAUGGGCUCAGCAACAUCACACAGGCACAUUGGAGCGUCAGGCGCCGGAGCAAAGACCAUCGUUGAAUGAUUUCUUGACCGUGUCGUAUCACACGCCGGCGGAUCAACGCUCUCGCACAAGUCUCUUGUCAGCUGCUGCAGCAUCUUCUCAAGCUGAGGAUGAGCAUUUGGAACCUAGUGUGGACGCCUUUCCUUCGGCGCCCGAAGCUGCUGAGGCGCCUAUUCCGAGCCCUUCGUCACCUCGUCGACCACCUGCUAGCCCUGGACAGAGUAGUUGGCGAAAACCGGUUCCUGCUGCUUCGGAGCGGGAGUGGAAGGAAGAAGGCGCGGAUCAAGUCACAGACAUGAAGUUGUCACCAACGCAUACAUGGCGACGGCUCGACACCGACUUCCCGGACAGGCCAGACUCGAUGGGAGAUACCCGUGGAUCUAAGCACAGCAGUCAACUCAGCCGUGGCAGUAACGGUACCGAUGCGCUUCUGGCUCACGUCGAACAGAUUCGCGCAGGCCCGGCUUUUCGACUUGAUGCGACAGCUUCCAUUGAGCUUCUCGGUACGCCUUCCGAUACCAGUCUUUUCGACGCUCGUCAAGUAUCCGAUCUGAGCGGAUCACCUUCAGGCGCGAAGCGUCCUCGAGCACUGAGUCUCAUCGAUAAGAUUCGAGGUCGUGUCAGACGGGGCUCGGAAAGCACGCGAGGGAUCACUUCCUCGCCAAAGUCCCCGACAAAGGUCUCUGCGCCUACGACGCCAGUGUCACCGGCAUCACCUUGGUCUUCACGAAUACUCUCACCGAAGCGUGAAAGAGGGGCACAAGCUACGGCAGACAAUGAUGCGGAUGGCAUCUCAGAUGGCAUGAGCUCUUUGACUGCGGUGCCUCGCGGAAGAGCAUCCGCAACCGCACUGAGAAAUGCCCGUCGCCGAUCUGGCACAGCGUUGACGAUCAAGGGUGAAAAUGACAGUGUGGUGUCCUUACAGCGCGCUCUUGCGGACGCCAAUGGCCUUCGGCCCACUCGCAGUCGCAGUCCUCUCAAAUCGAGUCCGCACUCAAGACCUCGGAGCGUCCAUAGCGUACGAAGCGCAAGAUCGAGGCGGAGCUCAGCACCAAGUCUGCGCGCCUCUUAUCGCGCUGGGGAGCUCUUGCCCGAAUUCCAAAAAUCUACACCUGCCAGAGGCUAUCCACCGCCGCUCAGCGGAAUGGAAGAGACCCGCCUGCAACGAGCUCUGAGAGCUGAAGCGGAAUGGGAAGACGUUCAAGAGCAGAAUCGCGUCACGGAUAAGACCGCUUCGGGCGAGACUGGGGCACCGCAGACGGACCAGGCAGCUCCCUCCAAGAAGGCUGGCAGGUGGGCGUGGAGGAAGCGCAAUGACUCGGAGUCUGCUCCUGGCGACAGCACAGACAUGACACGAACACGAACGCAGAGCGAAGCUUCAGGGAGCGAGGCUGCAGCAGGCGCACAUAGCUCUCGGACUGUGCCUCACUCCCCCGCAACAGAGCAAGAGGGAGAUCGCUCGCUCGCUGCCAAUCGACGGUCGGCUUCGCUCGAAAUUGUGCGGAUCGAACGCAAACCAGACAUGGACGAGCAAAUCGGUGUGCGCGGUCUGCACGGAGUCUAUGGAGCAGACAAUUUCUCCUCACUGGCUCCUGUACCUCCGCCAGCUCCUGUUCCGCCACUUCGGCCUUCGAGACGUACCAGGCGCACAAAUUCAACGGAUGGGUCUUCUGGUAGCUCGCCAACCUCUCAUAUGCUUGGCGGGCUGGAGAGUGAGAAUGACGCGAUUGCUGGCGCCAGCAGUGCUGCCCCAAGCAGCACUCAAGAACCGGCUUUGGCAGCCACGAAUGGUGGCUUCGACCCUCGCGGUCUUCAACCUUGGACGCCAGGAGCGUUCCGACGCCCUCGACCUAUGCCGCAUUCUCCUGUCCACUCGACUGCAGCGGAGGACUUCCCACCAACCCGAUCUAAUCAUCGCCUCGAGCCAUCUGACGCCAGCGAUCGACGACAUGGACACGUGCCAGGCCUUGAUGGCACCGAAGAUGUCACCGACGAUGUUCAUGCAGAUCUGGCCGCGCAGAAGUCAGCGGGGUCCUUGCAGAAGCACUCGGGUGCUCAGGCGCAGCCGGUGUCCCAGCCGGCAUCUGUGCCACGCAACGCCGAGCCUCCACUUGCGCCUCACGACACCUCGCAGCUGUCAACUAGCGUCGCUUCGGCAGGGCCACCAGUACACCAAAGGCGACCUGGAAGCGUGAGGCAUACUCGAAAUCUUUCGGAUGCGCAAAGCGCUAGCGCCUCACCUCGCAGGACAUUGCCUGCGCUUCCUGUCUUGCAGACUGAGCACGCCACAGCUCGGCCGAUGCGGUCGACUUCCGAGACCAUUGGAGAGAGACCUCUGUCCGCGCUGGACCACACUGACUCCCUGGCGCGUCGAUCUCGCAUAGCUGACAGCUCAGUCUCGCGGCGCGAAUCAGUCUCUGAAUCCGCGGGUGGUCCUCCGCCGUCGCGUUCUGCUUUAUCGCACUUAGCGCCACCGUCCCUGGACACUCACGUAGACCGCACAAGCUGGACGUCAAAUGACGGUCCCUGGCUCGGUACCGUUGUAGCAGCAAACGCCAGACCGGGGCGCGUGCAGGGCCUUGCCUCUGCAUCACGCGCACCGAUCUCAGCUAUUCAGACGCUGCGACCGCAGGCUGCCUCGCGAUUGCCUAUUCCUGUUGGUCGAAGCCGCGCAGUCUCAACACCGACUCGGCCACAGCGUCUUGAGGGUCUAGCGCAGCAGCCUCACUUACCCCUUCCUGAUGCCUCUGCCCCGCCAGACCGGGAGGGCGGGCACGAAGACGGAAGCACGCCCGUGCCGUACGCAGACACGGCUGUGCAGGCGAGCUUGGCGGCUCUGGCUGCAUUGGAGAGCAGCAAGGAGGAUGGCUGGCGUGCACGAUGGGCCAAGACGAAGCUAUUCGGUGCUCCCGAGAUCCAGCCUGGACAGCCCGCUUGGCUUGACGAGUCCCCGGGCUCUCGAGCAGACUUGAGUCAGAGUGAGCUUUCAGACUACUCGAAUGCUCGACCUCGACGUAGAGCGGCGCCUUACCCCAAGACAAGGGAGGCAAGCGCGCGCAGAGCGUCGGACGCCGGCGCGAUUUCCUCUGGACGUAGCGAAACAUCUCGUCGCCAGUGGCCAAAGGCGCACGUCUCGCGGCAGGCCUCGCUGGGCUCGCAGCACGGGUCAUCGCAUAGCGAAGCUCGUCAUGCCCACGACGCUACUGGCAUGGCUGACAUAUAUGGCUCGACCACUUCGAUGCGGGGUUUCGAAGCCUUGUCAGCUUCUGAGAGGACAAUGUUUGUUCCAGGCUCAGAUGCCCGUUCAGCAGCAGGAUCGGCAAAUGUCGCUCGGCAAGGAUUAUUGUCAGAUCCGCCACAAAGCCAGCGGGAUGCGAAGCGGUAUGAUACUCUCCCGUUCCUCACACCACCUCGACAACGCAGCCGACCUGCUGGCCGAACGCCUCAGCGCGCGGCGAUCCCGUCUUUCGCUUCAGACCACCCUGCAGCGACUCCUGGGCCACGGUUGCCAUCAGACUCUGGCACGAGUGCCGCGACAGCAUUGAAUCCUGUCAGCGCCAGCUCCGAUGCCACCUCUCCUGUCAUGCGCUCCCCUGCCAAUGACUGGGAUGAGCAAGUUGUUCCUGCGUUGCAAAAGCGACUCGAGUUGGAGGCGGAGGAAGAGCGCAAAUUUGCAGCAGCGGCGGCAGCUUCUGCUGCUCUUCCCCGCUUGACUGGGCCCGGCACUAAGGAGGAACACCACGACAGUCCCAGCGUUGUGUCUGCUUUCGGCGCUGAAUCCCUGCCCGUGUUCGACCCAGUUCAUGAAGAAGAUGUGGCGGGGGAACCAAAGGUGAACCUGCCCUUUCCACGCCACGCAGUGCAGGAUUCUCCGGAUGCGCGACGAAGAAAUGCGGGUGCAAGUGCUAGUCCGAUGGACAGUGGCCGACGGCGGACUCAAUCUGGCUACACUGGUCGUCGAUCGCCUCGUCACUCCAGGACUGGUGGCAAAGCGUCAGCCCUGCCGCGCCUAGACCCCGACUCUGGCGACCGACCGCGCCGGUCCUCUGAGAGGAAUGGCGAGAGACGCAAACGGUACGAUGUUCAGGCGUCGGAGAGCAGCGCCGCGCCGCGCUCCACUCGGAAGAGUUCAGCAGGCUCUCACAAGACUCGACGACCAGCCAAGCAGGGCUAUAGCGGCGAAGACAUCAAAGCCUGGCAGGCGGCUCUUGCAGUUGGAAUGACAGAAAUGUACGAAUAGGCCAAUUCCACACUGCCCCUUUCAGACUCCCCUUUCGCCUUCUUCCUCCAGAAGCCGUGUCGUGCUCGGCUUUUGUCUUGAGCGCCACGUGUCAGGG